AAAAGCUUCUUCAGCUUGUUCUUCAGUGGAUUUCCCGAUCAGCACGAACUAACAUCGAACUUUCUAUUUCCAGCAAAUCAACGAAUUCUCUAGCAAUAAGCAGGAAUAGACAACCUCCGUGUCCAACCAGUGACACGACAAGAGGCGGACAGCACAAGCAAUGCUCUGCAGAAGACAUCCCGCGUUAUACGUGAACCAGCCCCGCACGUCCUAAUGCACAAGACAAGUCCUUCGAACGGGUCGGCCAUGUUUGAAGUUUGCUGCAAAGCAUACUCCCAGCUUAAGAACCUCAAAACCCAUCUGCGAUCACACACCGGCGAAAAGCCGUAUACCGGCGAGUACCCGGGUUGUAGCAAGGCGUUCAACAACGUGUCCGACCAUGCAAAACACCAGAACCGCACCUACAGCAUUGCGAAUCACUACCCGGAGGACAUGCAGAGUGGCAAGACAACGAGCAUGAGCAGUCGGAGCAUCAAGUCGGAGUCGGACGCACACUCGCCGGGUCAACCGCCGAUCAGUAGUUCGAUGUCGAUCUCGGCGCUUACUGCCAGGCUGAUGGACGAUUGCGACGGUGGCAGCAUGCAGCUGGGCAGUCUCGAAGUUGAUCCGGCUUGGCCGUACGCGGACGAGGAUUUGGAGUCGCCGAUCUGCCAUUUGUCCUGCGGGAAAUUGUUGACCUCGGUGGUCCGGCCACAGCGACAGCACCACGAGCAGUUCUUACUUCAACAUGCGCUCGGCGGAUAUCAGCUGGCGGAGAAGCCAAGCAUCGCUACGGAGCUCGAUCUGGCCGAUGCGCCCUUGCAGCUACUACAACUCGUCGUUCGACGAUCCGAUCCCACCGCAGCGGUCCAGAUCAAUGUCUACGGCAAUGGAUGGAAGCCAGUCAGCAAGUUCCACCCCAACCAGUCGUGUUUGACGAGCUCGAAGAGGGUGAGAUUGAUUGAAAUAAGUUGGACGUGACGAUUUCCAGCAGCAGUCGCCUGACAAAACUGCUUCCUCGCCCCAGUUUCCUCCUCGAAGGAAGUAAUCGGUACAUCGGUGAACAUCACCUUGGCGGCCGGGACAACCUCCAGCAGCAACGCUUGGUCCUUCUCCUGUUCAUUCAGGUCACGGUAACAGAAAAGGUCGGAUCU